AUGACGCUUUCAACAUAUAUAAAAUUUCUUCGUUUUGAAGAUGUUUUAAAUUCUCAACAAUUUUAUGUUAAAGCUACAAAAUUGGCUGUUUCGAUAUAUAUUGAUAUGGUUGAAAAUCCUCAAAAAUUUGUUGAAAAACAGACGCAAGAUAAUUCUGCUUUAACUCCUGCUGAACUUAGAAAACUUAAACGAAAGGCAAAUAAAGCUAAAGCUGAAAAGGAUAAACAGAAUGCUGAACAAGCUGCAAAACAAUCUACGUCCAAGCAAAGAAUGGAUGGGGAAUUUGAUGUUUUCGAUCCAGAACCUUUUGAUACACAAAAGUUGUUGAAACCUGAAAAUCCUAUUGAAGAAGCUUGCAAAUUUAUUAAGCCAAUACUUCAAAUGCCUUGUGAAGAUGUUAAUUUUUGGGUUAUUGCUUUUCGGGUAUAUAGCUACAAGGAUAAGCUGUUAAUUAUGCUCAAAUGUUUGUACAAAAUUUUUAAUUUGGAUCCAACAAAUAAACAAUUAUUGAAUGAAUUGUUUGCUAAAUAUAAGGAGAAAUUUGAACAAUCUGAAGCUUCCAAAAUAAAGAAAACUUCAAAUUUAUUGGUUGAUUUGACAAAAGCGUUGGAAAUUAAAUUAGGAAUUAAUGAAGGAAAUGUGCCAAACAUUGGCUAG